AUGGCGUUCGCCACACUCUUCACACGCGCCCGAGCGUUGUUUGUGGGGCGGAAACUGCAGAGUCUUGUGGCGUUUGGUCUGCGACAGGAGUUUUCACCCUUGUGGCCUGUCCCGCUUCCACCGCAGCUGCCGCAGGACGUGGGGAAACCGACGCUUGUGCUGGACAUUGACGAAACCAUUCUGCACACGUACGGCAUGCAAUUGGAAACGGAGGACACGGUGGCCUUUUUUCUGUUCCUCCGUCCACACCUGCGCGAGUUCCUUAAGGAGGUGAAGGAGUUGUAUGAAGUCGUCUUUUGGACCGCGGGCACGGCGUCGUAUUGCUCCGCCAUGGUGGACGCCAUUGAGGUGCAGGUGCUGCAACUGCCACGUUCCCUUUGCAACGUGAACGAGAUGAAACUUGCUGCUAGUGGGGCUCCGUCGACGGACAAUGUCAACUUCUAUGCCCUAUCCCGCACGCAAACGCUGGAGGGGGAAAACUACAUGAAAUACCUUCCCAUGCUGGGUCGCCCCAUGCAUCGCGUCAUCGUGCUCGAUGACAAUGUACGUAGUUUUCCGCUGCAUCCGCGAAAUGCCGUGAAGGUGCCGGUGUUCCUUCCCGACGACCGGGCAUUGAUGGAGUACGGCCAGGGAGUGUCUCUCAUGAAUGAGGACGGUGCCCACAAGGACGACGCGUCCUUGUUAGAGGCCAUUAGUCGUGGCAAGGCGGAGGUUGCCCGCUUGGAAAAGGAUCAGGCGCUGCUGCAGCUUCUUCCCCUUCUGCGGCGGGUGGCCCAGGCCGAGAAUAUCCCGCGUGAGCUCGAUCACUGGCGCGACGACGAAUACGUGCGCUGCGACGACUUCCAUGAGACGAUGAACCCGCUCUCCGUCACACGUCAACGCGUCCUGGGGUCGGUGCUGCCGUCACGCCGUGACACGCCCAUCCCGCCGCUGAAGGCGCAUUACAUGAAUCAAUGUUUUCUGGAGGAAGCGAAUACCGCCAUGCGAAGCCAGCAAAUGCGGCGGGAUCGUUCAAAACUGUAA